AUGCCCGCAGACUUCUCGUCACCACGACAAUCACGAGGCAAGCAACGCAAAUCAUACCGCGUUGAGGACGAAUACUCGUUUCUUGACGAAGAAGACGGGUCUGCAGCAUCUGGUAACCAAUCGCCAGCCUUCCAGGACGAUGAUGAAGACGAAGACGAUUUCAUGCCCGAUGCCCAGGAAGAAGGAGCCGAAGACGACUUUGAAGAUGAAGAGGAGGAGAAUGAUGAAAACGAAGACGUAGAAGAAGACGAGGAAGAAUCAGAUGAUAGCCUUGUAACCCCCAAACGCGGCGCUCGCGGGCCAAAAGCUACUCCCGUCAAGCAGCCCACCACGCCGCUUGUCCAGCGCAACAAGCCAUCUACAGAGCAUGUACCCUCGCCUAUUACAUUUGCUAAAGGCAGUGGUAUUAAAGUGCGCAAUGUAGAUGCCGAGAACAAGCUGCGAACACGCGGCGUACCUGAUUUCGACAAGAUUGGAGGCCAUGAGCCGCGGUUGAAAAACUUGUUCGGGCCGGAUGGCCAGCAUCUUAGACCUGUUUUGGCGUCUCGCGACUACUGGAGUUCUCAGGAGACGUUUCCGAUCAAAAAGCCUGGGCGAGUUGACCCUGGCCAGACUGAGUUGGGGGGCUUGAGAAGAAGCUUCUUUGAAAAGGAGGGUACUAGGGAGAAAGAGAGUGAGGUGCUGAAACAAUGGUAUAGGCAUACGGGAAAGAUGGUAUUUGAAGCCUCACAGGCUACCAAGGAAUUAUCUAAGGAUGAAACUAAGGUGUACAUGCGGAAUGAUGGACCAGAGAGUUUGAAUGUACUCACUGGGCCUGUUGAUAGUCCCCAGGUUACCGCUCUCGAAAAAGGCACUUAUAUGCAUGUUGGACAGUCUUUCCCAGACAAGGACAGCAGAAGGGGAUGGCUAUUCAAUUUUGGAGCCAGGAUACAAGAUGCUCAGUGGGCCACCAAGGAGGACAGUCGAACACAGUAUGUUGCUGUCGCAGUUGAGCAGCGCCCCAUGGAUGGAAACCGACCCAAACCAAUGGAAAUACCAAAGGCGCCUGCUUUCAGUGCUACGGUGCCAUUUCCAGCCUCCAUUCAGAUCUGGGCGUUUGAAGCUACUGAAGAAGGAGAACUGGAUAACUCAAAAGAACCUAGACUUGAACUUGUCGUUUGCGCCAACUGGGGUGCCCCUAAACAACUGCGGUGGUGUCCAGUCGCUGCUGCAGACACAAACGCAUACUCUGAUACUGAGACGGAAACUCAUAUCGGCAUGCUCGCAGUAAUCUGGUCAGACGGACGAGUUCGUAUCCUCAACCUUUGUGUCCCAAAGCGUCCAGACGGACAAUGUCAACCUACAUACCUCCGCUUCUCGCACACAGCCUUCGAAGUCUCAAUCCCCCAAACCGUCCCCUCCUGUCUCCAAUGGCUCUCAGGAACCACUCUCGCUGUCGCCACAGCUGCUGGCACCGUAGCCAUCUGGACCCUAACCCGCCCUGGCACCCUCUCCCCAACCACCAACCCGCGCCCCUGGUUCUACCACCAACUAGCCGACACUUUCAUCCUAACCAUCUCCUCCGCCUGGCCCUCAAACCCGCACUAUCUCUCCAUCAGCACCGCCGACGGCUUCGCCCGCCUCUUCGAUCUGCGCAGCCCCACCGCUGACACCACAGCCUCCAUCCGCGGCCGCACGUUAUGCCUCACGCAAGCCUGGCACGAGCACACGCAGUCCUUCGUCAUGCCCGACGAACACUACAUCCUACGGCACACGCCACUCCGCCGUUACUACCACAACUUGUACAGCAUGCGACUGGACAAUAGCAUCACGCGCGUGGCUACGAGUCCCGUGCACCCGGGCGUCCUGGUCGGCGGCACGGACGGCGACGUACAGACGAGUAACCCCGUGAUGCGCAUUGCGAAUUACAAGGUUGUGCCGUGGCAGCAGAAAUGGUUUGUGCAUGAGUGGAGGAGCGAAGUAGGGAAGUUGACGGUUAAACCCGUCACUAUAACUAGCGCUCACGGAGAAGAAAGAUCUGGAGAAGGAGAAGAAAAAGAAGAAGAUAGUAAUGCCAGUGUGGCGAAGGUACCAGAGGACAUUCUCGCACAACCUCUUGUACGCGUGUCGGAGGGUUACAAGGCGGUGCAGCAGGGUAUCGCAAGUAGUGCUGUGUCGAAGAGGAAAGGGAACCCGGAGAUUGGGCGGUCGAUUAGUAUUUUCGAAGAGAAGUCCGCGGUUACGGCUCUGGCUUGGAAUCCGAGUUUGAAGUAUGGGACGUGGGCGGUUGCGGGGAUGGGGUCGGGGCUGUUGAGGGUGGAGGAUGUGGGGGUUGUGGAGAAGAAGAAGUAG